AUGUCGCUAUCAGAUUCUGAGGGGUAUGAUGCGGUUGUGGUCGGCCCUGGUGAUAUUCGCGAUUUCAACGAAGAUAACAUCCUUCCGCUUCCUGCAGAGGACCUCAAAAAUAUCAGAGAUUGGCUGCAGCCUACACCCUAUGAUCUAGAGAGAUCUGAGUUUUCGAGACAUCUCGAGUCAUAUCUGGCGGGUACCUGCCAAUGGCUUAUAUCCACAGAUACAUAUCAACAGUGGCAUGGAGGCGACGCGAAUGGCCUUCUUUGGAUCAAAGGCAUACCAGGGUCAGGCAAAUCUGUCAUGGCUGCUUCGAUAAUCCACCAACUACGCAAAGAAAAUGUGCCUGUUUUAUUUUUCUUCUUCCGACAAAUUAUCGAUGCAAACCAUCAACCAGUAGGGGCGUUGCGGGACUGGCUAUGCCAAAUUCUCCCCUUUAGCCCGCCCUUGCAGGUCAAGUUGAAAAAUGAAUACCUCGGUCAAAAACGCUCUAUUGAUAGUCUAGCUAUGAACGAUCUCUGGAAACACAUCAAUUUUGCUCUUUCGGCAUUCCCUAAGGCCUAUUGUGUCACAGAUGCUUUGGACGAAAUGGACCAAGGCAAUGAUGACUUUAUUCAGGCGUUAGCCGAGCUGGGCCAAUGGCGUCCUGCGAAUCUCAAAGUUCUCAUUUUCUCGCGCCCAGUUGUCGCAGUGGAAUCUCCCCUGAGGUCCUUAUCUGUGUCCACUCUUCGUCUGGAAGAACAACUUGUCGAUAUGGAUAUUGCUGAGUAUGUGCAGUACCGCUUGCGACAUUCCUCCGUGCCCAAGGAAUACUGGAAUCUCAUAACCGAAGCUGUUCCUGGUCGAGCGAAUGGUCUGUUCUUAUAUGCCCGGCUUUCAAUGGACGCGUUCUUGAAGCCCGGUGCUGAUGCUAAAGACGUUCUCCAAAAGUUGCCUCAGGACCUGAACGUGAUGUAUAAUGACCUAUUACGCGAGCAUGCAAAGCGCUCAAAAGUUCCCGAAGACCUUCAGCUACUUAUCCUGCAGUCCGUUACACAUGCAACUCGCCCCCUUCGUCUUCUUGAGGUUGCUGAGUUAAUCAAAGCCACCCAUGCUCCAAUUAAGAACUGGAACUUGAAAGAGAUCAAAGAUCUAGUCCGGGCGGCUUGUGGUCCGCUGCUCCAAAUUCUUCAUGAUGAGACAGUCUCGGUCAUUCAUCACUCAUUUACCGAGUUUCUGAAGGGAUCCACUCGCUCCGGUGUCCUUGAUGGUUCAACUUACCCUGUUCUGAAGGCUGGCCCGACAAACCAGCGGCUUGCCAUUGCAUGCUUGGACUAUCUCAUGUCUGGCUGCUUAGACAAGCUUGAGAUCAAGAAACGCCGUGCAGAGGAUGAGUUCUUUAACCCCAAGAAAGCCCAGCAGAGUGGAAUCCGCCUGCAAUUUCCAUUCCUCGAAUACGCAGCGAUCAAUUGGUACAUCCAUACUCGCCGAGCAGUACUAGCUGGCAUGGAUUUGUCAUCAUUAUACACGACACUGGACAAGUUCUUUGCGAGCAAUCAACGAUUUAUUGCUUGGCUGGAUAUCGACUGGCCGGAGAAUGUAAUCCAAGGUCUGACCCCCCUCCAUGCUGCCGCCAAAACCGGACUGGCUCAAUACGCUACGCACUUGAUUCAGAGGAACGGUGCCGACCCGAAUUCCAAAAGUAAGCGUGGGGAUCCCCCUCUCUAUUGGGCUGCUUCCAGUGGCCAUGCGGAUGUGGCGCAGGUUCUCAUUAACAACGGAGCGGAUCCGGAUGGAGAGGCGCACGAAGGAUACAAACCUCUUCAUGAAGCGGCUAGCAAGAACCACGCUGACGUGGUCAAAAUCCUGCUUGUCGCUGGCGUUGAUCCAUUAACGCCAAAGACAAAAGAGGCCCCAGGCGGAUUCUGUGGCAAUGCUCCAACAUCAAUCGGUCAUACCCCACUCAUGUACGCCUGCAAUAAUGGCCAAACUAAGGCAGUGGCUGAAUUCCUACCCUAUCUCAAAGAUGCUGAUACUAUCACGAAGGCCCUUUUUUGGUCUGCAGGCUCAGGACAUGCGGCCUGUGUAGAUCGGAUUCUUCAACAUGCCACUGUGGAUGUGAAUUCAAUCUACGGGGGACAAACUCUGCUGUUCAAAGCCUGCACCAAUGGCGACCUGAAUACAAUCAAGGUCAUUCUCGCGGCUGGAGCGGAUCCCAAUAUCUUCUCCCCUUAUCCUCAUAAUGAGCUUAGGGGUAUAAACUCCAACAUGCGACAGUUACACCAACCCUCUAAGCGUCCAGACGAACCCAGAGGCUACACUGCCCUGCACGCUCUCAGUGGAAUAGAUGGCGGAUCUGGUCGUCGUCAGUCUCUACUGGACUGUGUUUCAGUCCUCCUCCAAGCUGGUGCGGAUAUUAAUUUAAAGGCUCCAAAUGGCGAGACAGCCCUGCAUAUCGCCUGUUUAAACAACAUAGAUAUUGUCAAACUACUGUUGGAAGCAGGGGCAGAUCCUUAUGCCAAGACCGACGGUGGAGGUACAAUCCUCCACACCGAUGGAGCGACGGACAAGGAGUUGCUUCCCGUACUUCUCGAAUCAGGGCUUGUUGAUGUCAACAAAGUGAUAGCAGAAAACAACGGAGGGCCUUUGUUCCUUCGACUUCAAGGUCAUUACUUCGAGUCCGCUCUGGAAUUUUUAAAGUACAAACCAGACCUGAAUAUGACUGCGGCAGAUGGCAAUGGUCUGCUGCAUGCGCUAUUCAAUAACUGGGGUUUCAAAUCCCGGAACGCUGUUCUUGAUGCCUUGCUGUCAGCUGGCGCAGAUCCAAACCUCCAAAACCAAAAGGGUGAGACUCCGUUGCAUUUGAUGAGAAGUGAUGGUGAAGUUGAAUCGGUCUCCAAGCUGCUCAAGGCCGGCGCAAAUCUUGAGAUUCGGGAUGCACAAGGGCAAACACCCCUGUUCAAAAAUGUCACACAUUCGAAUUUUAACAAGGGCAAACCUAACCUCUUCAGAACACUUAUUGAGCUUGGUGCUCGACUUGAUACCCGAGAUAAUAAGGGCCGGACCCUUCUGCAUCAAGUCGCCGGGGAUCCUGGUCGUUUGGACGAGCUACUAGGCCUUAUGGACUUUGACCCUUUCGUAAUCGACAAUAAAGGAAAUACGCUUUUGCUUGAGCUCGCUUCAAAGAGAAAUAGCUCCGACGGCAUUACAAGAUACAAACAUCUCAAGAAGCUGGGGGUUGAUAUCGAGCAGCCUAACAACUGCGGGAAGACGGUCUUGCACAAGCUGUGCUCACGAAAACCAAGAAGUCGCAGUUGGAAGCCUUCUGUGGAGACACUAUUUGGCUACGUGACUCAAGAGUGCAAGAGCCUCAGUCAUCAAGACAUUGACGGAAUCCAGCCCUUGCAUAUUGCUGCCGCUGUGUCUGAAAGUUAUGUUUUCAAGCUUCUCAAUGCUGGGGCUGAUCUUUUCAGCGUCACAAAAGAAGGCAUGACGAUUCUGCAUAUUGCAGCUCGAGCCCGACAGUCUGGAAUUAUCGGUCUUGUCCUUUCCAAAAUCGACGACCUUGAUGAUGAAAAACGAAAAGCCUUCAUCAAUCAGAGAAAUCAGGAGGGAAACGCAGCCCUUCACUACGCCUGCUGCUCGGGCCGUCCUGAAACUGUUUAUCUUCUGUUGGAGGCCGGCGCAGAUCCUAACUUGCUAGGCAAGGACGGACAUGCGCCUUUCAGAGCAUGUGCCGAGUUUGAGACCGAACAAGCAAGAUGGAAAAUGAUUGGCAAAAAAGACAGCGCCAAAGCUAUCAAGACAGCCAGCACCUGGCUGGGCACGCGAAGUAUACCGUCAGUGGGAGAAGAUAUUAAAGCCUUCCAAUGGAAAUCGCAUAAUCUCAAUGAGUCAGACUCCACACGCCUGGAGGAAAUUUUGGUUUCCUUGGUGCUUCAUGGCGCAAACAUUACUGGAGAGAAUGGCUCUCUUCGUCAUGCAUUCCAAGCAGCCGUAUCUAAUCAAUGCGACUAUACUGCCGAACUUUUGGUGCGGAUCCAGUCGCGGUUUCUCCCCAACAUGAACCUCCAAGAAGGACCAUAUGCCCAUGGCUUCAUUCUCUGCAAUUCUCGGUUGGAAAAUGAGAAAUCAUCGUUGAAAAAGGAAGAGAAGUCGCGAAAGACCUGGAAACCCACAGAACGAUCACGCAAUGACGCACGGUUUAUGCACACAGUCAAGCUGUUAGGUCUUCGCCAAUACGGUCUAUUAGAGGAGAAAAUGCCAGAAAUAGACAUCCUCCAGCUCAAUUGGACCAGUGUGUCUCUUUUACACUGCCUUGUGGGUGCCGGUCUGUCGGAUAUUCUGGAUCGUAUCUGUACUCCUAAUGCCGCUUUAAAAUUUGAUGAUCAUGAAUGGUGCGCCCAGGCUGAGGCUGCAGAUCACUGUCAUCUCAACGCAGUGAAGCCGCUCUUGAUCACCGCAUGCAAUCGUGAAUUGCCAAAUAUGGAAGUUGUCCGGAUCCUUGUGGAAAAAAUGGGUAUCAACAUCAACUCAAAGUGCAGAAAGGAAACCUGGGCUAGCGGGAAGCGCGAGAUUGUGUUGGGCAAUGGCAUUUUACAUGACCUUGCAGAGGGCACAACUUGGUGGAAUGUGCAUCAAGCUUUGCCGUAUCUGAUCAGAAAGGGUGCCAAUCUGGAUCUUCGCAAUGAUGACGGCGAGACGCCUCUGCACAUUGCCCUAGACUAUGAAAGGUAUAAGGGCGUUUUCUACAAGGAAGCUGUGAAAAUUCUUCUGGAGCAUGGCGCAGAUGCCAACGCUGUGAAUUCCAAGGGAGAGACCUGCUUAUCGAAAGCUGGUGCUGAUAUGGAGCUGAUCGAACUGCUUCUAUUCCACGGCGCGAAGAUCUCUCCUGCUGCUGUAUUUUCCGCAAUCGAGCUCGGCAAAGUUGAAUUAUUGGAACUCUUUCUCACUCAUGGUGAUCUAGCCAACAUGAGACGACCCGUUGCCGAAACCCCGGAAAGAAUCCAUUCAAUUGAGCAAACCAGAAUUCCAGGUGCUGAGAUAUAUCCGUUAUUACACGCAGCAACUUUCAAAUCUACUAGCCCUCUCAAAAAGGUCGAUCUUACACCUGUUCGAAAGCGCAUGAUGACUGCGCUUCUUCAGCACGGUGCAGAUCCUUACGCCACUUUUGUCAAGCUUCAUCGAGUAAAUGACAGCUCUUUCAAGGACGACGACAAAUCAGAGGAAUCAAAUGAAGACUCUCAAGGAAAUUGGGAGUCCGAAACAUGCACUGUCAUACAUGAGAUAUUGAUGGGAGGGGACAUGGUUGAGCCACUGCUUCAACUUCCAUCACUCCAGCUUGAAUCACGAGAUGACCAAGGAAGAACAUUGAUCCUUUGUGCUGCUCGAAUUGAGCGAAUGUGGAGCCUUGUCGACCGUGGAGCUGACAUUACUGCCCAGAACAAAUUAGGUCAAACAGUUGUUCACGCACUCAUACAACGCCGGCCCAAUGAGCAGAUUAUCAGCACCCUUGGGGCUUUCUUUACAAAAGAUCCUAAGCUUGUGCAGAUAAGCGACAACACUGGUGACACCCCACUUCACUAUGUGCUCAGAUCAAGAGAUAUGCACUUUCAAUAUGUUGACCUACUGCUUGAACAUGGCGCCGAUCCCCUUCAGCCAGAUUCAAACGGCGACACAGCCCUCCACUUUCUCGCCAUCCAGCCCAUCACCAACAAAGCACGCAUGCAGCAAUUCUUGGACCUUGGGUUACACAUGAACUCACGCAACAAGCUGGGAAAUACCCCACUCGUGCGGUAUCUUGCACAUGGUUCAUUGCGACGUGGGUGCAGGUUUUGGCCCAUGGCCGAGACCGGUGUGCGCGGAGAUAAUGAUGGCCUACUAUUCUUCAAAGAUUUUGGUGCAGACUUUUUUGCAAUUGACAAUUUUGGGACGUCGCUGCUUCAUGUGGUUGCUGGUAGGGAGGUUGGCAGUAGUAGUUUUCAUCGUGAAUUUGAGUUAAAAGCGCCCACAGAAAAUCUUGUCCAGUGGUUCAAAUUCCUUAUGGAUAUGGGCUUGGACCCUAUGCUUGAGGAUGCUCAGCAGCGGACUCCUUUGGAUGUUGCUGCCGCUUGCGGCAAUGAGCAUAUUCUGAAGUUAUUCAAACAGAAGCCCAUUGAAUAA